AUGUAUGUACGUAUUUCCAGAUUGUCCUGUACGCGACUGGGGCAGUGGGCCAUCGGCUACGUGACGGUCGACGGUGAGAUACUGCAAACGAUACCCCAGAACAAGAGUUUGGUGCAAGCGCUUCUAGAUGGUUAUAGAGAGGGAUUCUACCUAUACCCGGACGGGCGGGACGCGAACCCGGACCUGAGCAGCGCGAUCAUAUCGCCCGCAGAGGACCACAUCACGGUCACGCAGGAGCAGUACGAGCUGUACUGCGAGAUGGGCAGCACAUUCCAACUGUGCAAGAUAUGUGCGGAGAAUGACAAGGACAUACGCAUAGAACCGUGCGGGCAUCUAUUGUGCACGCCGUGCCUCACGGCUUGGCAGAUUGAUUCCGAGGGUCAGGGGUGCCCGUUCUGCAGAGCCGAAAUAAAAGGCACCGAACAGGUGGUGGUCGAUGCGUUUGUACCACCACGACCGCCGAAUACCACUUCUGAUGUUAAAAUGGCAAACACGAAGACAGCAGUGCGACCGGUGUCAUCCAACUCGUCUGGGUCCAGUGGAUCGUCGGGUUCUUCUGGGUGCAAUGGAUCUAGUUCGGAAGUGACAAUAGCGAGCAACGCUAACGGAUGGUCAUCCAGAAACACAACAUUCAACGGACUCACGGAUGACAUUGAUGAUGCCGAGGAUUGGGCGGAAUUUAACGCAGCAACAUCGACAAUAGACGCGUUACGUCCCGGCGUGCGUUCGGCCGGCGCGUCCCCGCGGCACUCGCCCCGCGCCACACGUAAAGCUCCAGCGCCCGCUGAGAACGCGUAUGGAGAGCUGCGAGCCCCGCCUCUACCACCGCGCAAGAGCUUAUCGCCCGCUGAGACUAUUGUAGCGGCGUCUAGCGUGCAGGAUAUAGCCGCUGCUAGCUCUAUAAUUCCAGACCCCAGGCGGCGUUCUUCCUUGGAACCAGAACCGGAUUUGCGACACAAACUCACGUCUGUCAUCACCGGCUCCACAGAAACUAUCACUGGCAUCAUCGAUACGAGACAUGAAGUGAUACCCCCCGACCCCAGAGCUUUCGAAAAGCCCAGAAGAGCUUGCACCCCCCAGUCCAACAGUCGGCCCCUACCCGCCCCCCCUCCAGAGAGACAAGAUGAACGAACAGACAGACAGACAUACAUACACGACAGACUAGACAAUCGAUUGUCGGAUAGACUGGACAAUAGAAUAGACCGGUCCGAAAGAUCUAAUUCUGAGAAUAGGAUCUUGGAUCGGCACACGGAAUUCCGACCUCCGGAACGGCCAGACAAACCUGAUCGAAUACAAGAAAGGAGUUUCGACCGAGAGCGUGACAACAGAGCGCCUCCCAGGCAGAGAUCUUUGCCGACUACGACUAGUGUCGACCACCAGCCGACCAAGUCGACUACUAUGCCUAAGUUCCCAUCUGAAGACGUGAAGGAUCCGCCCUAUGAGAAUGUUGGCAGUGAGAAAAAUGAAUUGGCUGUUGCGCCGAAAAAAAUCAACCCACUCACCCACGACAAACACGGUAGGAAGUACAACGACAACGUAUCAUAUGAAAACAUAAAUCUCGACUACAUAGCGCGUCUAGUCGACGAAGGCUACCCAAAAGACAUAGUCGUGAGAGCGUUAGGCAUCACGCGGAACGAUCUAGAAAUGGCGUGCGAUAUUCUACACGAGUUUGGUACUAAAGUGCAGAAUAAGUGCUAGUUUGACAUUUUGUUCUAGCUGAGUGAAAAAUUUUACGAACAUUGGAUGGACUGUGUCGUUUCAAUCGCUUUUCUUUGAUUGAAUAAUCAAUUUAAUAUACCAUCACGUUUGGCACGGGUUAUUCGAAUGUGCCAUUAUUAUUGGCACGGAUACGACUUUAUUGAUUGUGACUAAAAAGCAUUUGUGGUGCUUCUGUUUUAUUUGUUUGUUGUCAAUUUUUAAAGACCAUUUGUAUAUAUGAUACUUGUGCUGUAAAGUAACCAGUGUUUAUAAAUAAACGGCUGUUUAAUUAACCGUUUAACUUAGUUUAAUCUGCUAUUUUCAAUAAUGAUUUUUAUAUUGGCAGCUUUAUUUUUAUAGAAUGUCGCGGCGGGUUUUUCUUAAACAUUGGUUAUUUAUUAUAUGGAACGGGUCUUCUCAACCUUAUAAUACCCAAUAAUGGAUGAAAGCUUUUAAAAUAACGUGUUUCACAUGUGACUCUAAGAUCAAAUUAAUAAGCAAUUACGAAUGAAAAUUGUACCUUUUAAUAUAAAUUCGCCUAGAAUUUCUUGUUAAAUGUAUUUAGUGAAUUUGAAAAAAAAAAAAUAUUUGUAUAUGUAGAAAAUUUAACGUAACGGCCAUUUGCAAUUGUUAAAUAUUGUAUAGUUUGGAUUUUAAAAUGGCGAUUGUCAACCUUAUUUUUAAUAUGAUUGAAUCUUUUUGGACUUAUCUUAGUAACGAAUUCAUGGAAGUGAGUUGAAAUUGUGGUUUAAAAAUUCGUUCAAAUUCUAAAUGCGUGUAAGUAAAUUUAUAAUUGAAGUAAUAUUGCUGUAAUGAUUCAAACAAGUACUAUAGAUUCUAGGUUUGGGCCUGGUUAAUGAUAACAUUUCAGUCUGGUAGGAAAUAUUGUAAAGAUAAUUAAUUAUUGAUUUUUAUGUCUACAAAAUCUCAAUUGUUAUAUUGUUAUCUUGUAUUAUUAUUUAUUAUGUUGAAUUAUUAACGCUAAAAUAUAUAAUUUCUUUUAAAUCAGGCUUCCAAGUAAAACCCACGUUAUUAUAAAUUAAAAAUAUUAUGAUUUUUUUUAUUAAAAGUUAUUUUGUUUUUGUUUUUAAAAAGUUAUCUAGGACGCUCUGACGUUUACGCUAAAAUUCGGAUCUAAAUUACAAAUAUACAAUUUCAACUUUAAUUUAGUUUUAAUAAAUAACUGAAGAAUCAAAAUGAAAACAUUUUUUUUAAAAUCAUAAACACGAAAAUUUAGUCAAAAAUAACUAUGUAAACUUUAUUUUCUUAUUAAUUCAGCUUAUUUCCUUACAUGAGAUCGAAAACAGUGAAAUGUUUGUUUAUUAUAAAGAAAGAGCAUUAUUUUAAUCGUAUCGAUAUUGCCUACAAUCGAAAUAUCGUUUCCAAAUAAACUCAAUUAUUACUACUUGUAAACAUAUGACCUGUCAUAGUGACAUUUCACGCAUACACAUAUAUCGUAUUAUAAUGAUCUUAGAGUUGAUUUUUCAAUGCAGUUAACAUUAUGAAGAACUACGUUUAAGAAAAAAAGCAUUAUUUUUUAGCCAAAGAAUAUCUUUGGUUACUAAACCAACAAAUACAAAUUAUAAAAAGAAAAACAAACAAAUGUCACAGAGAUCAAAUAACUUCGAUCGAGACAAAGGCAAUUUAAAAUUGCUCAUAGUGGCCAUUGAGGCUCAAACAAAUAUGAACCGUAAAUAUUUAGCAUUACGAUUUGAAUUAGCUAAGUUAUAUAUUUAUUUCGCUUCCAUUUUACGUUAGAAUUCCCAUCUCAGUAUUGUAUCUAUACAAUAAUAUUUAACUAUAAGUAAAUAUAUUUUCAUAUGAUAGGUAUCUUAUACUUAGCUGUUCACAUAGAUUAUAUUUUUCAUAAUUACGUAUAUUUGUAAUAAAUUUUGACACUUUGACUUAUGAUAUUGCAAUAUGAUUAGGAUAAUUGUCUAUGGGCGGUGUGCUGGAAUGGAUUCUGUUCAAUAGAUUUCGUUUUAUCUCCUACUAAAAAAUAUUGGAAUUCAUGUCAAUCAUUUUGAAUAAAACCUAUUCCUUUUACGUUCGUGUAAUAUUUAAAUAUAUCCAAUUAUAUUUUUUUUGGCUAUCUAUAUCUAUGCUGAUGGUGGAGUGUCUGUUUUUUAUGUUAAAAUAACCGCUUUUUACUUAAUACAUGGUUAUAUACAUUGUAUGGUUAUGUUCAUAGAAUUAAAAGGAAAUCUUUGACCGAGUCUUAAGUAUUACAACUUGUAAAUACAGUCUCAGUACAUGGCCAGUGAUAGUAAACGAACUUUGAAUUCAUUCUAUCAUACAGUCAAUAGCCAUAGACAAAUCGUGUAAAUAAUUUUUUUUAUAAAUCUCUUGAAGAUUUUCGCAAUUUUUACUUGAACGACGGUUUAUUUUAAGAAGAGCUUAAACACGAAUGAUCUUAUAAAUUCUAAAUAAUGUCUAUCGAGGUGCAAUUAUUUCGGUGUAAGGACGGAAUUUUCAAAUGCUGCCAGGCGCUCGUGAUUAAAGUAUGAGAAAUGAACUAAUAAGCGUACGUUUUUAUAUAUAUAAUUUGUGAAAUAAUACAAUAUUUUUUACACAACACAUUGCCUUAAAUAUCACUGAAUUAACAUAAACUAAAAUUCAUUAUAAAAACCACGAAUUAAAAGUAUUAUGAAUGACAAUAUAGAUAAAACAUCAUGUUAACCGGAAUCGAUGAAUUAUAAAAAUGUAAUUUAGAAACAAUCGGAAAUUUGAGGAAAAACGAAAUGUCAUCGACGUUUCGACAGCGCACUACUAUAGACUACAGACAAAAAAUGUCUUCUAAAUUUGAAACAUUUAAAGGGUUAUAUAUAUCCGAGUCUAAUAAUAAUCGGAUAUUCUAAAAAAAUAAUAGCGAAAGUAAUUGUAAUUCUUAUUGUAAUUAAAAUAGCGUAGUUCUUACCCACUGACUUAGGUAUUGAAGUGACAUAUCCACCAAGUAACUAGUCAAAAUAAACUGCAUAUUUUCUUUAAAAAUAUAACAAAAAUUUGUAGCUGUCGGUGGUACCAUUAAGUUACUCUUUCAUUAUCGCGCCAUCUGUUGGCAACGGCCGUCAAUGAAAUCUGUAAAGGCCUAUUUUCAUUUAUUAUUCAUCUAUGCCAAAUGGAAGGCCUAAUUUUUGUAAAAGGAAUGGUUUUAAAAGUCAAGUCAAGUCAAUACAGAUUAGUACAUAAAUAUAAUGAGUAACUUAUUUUGGUAUCCUGUGACAAUUAGGCUGUGUAUACACUUAUGGAUAUAAAAAUACCUUGGUAAAUAUAAACGUUGUUUCAUUAAGUGUAUAGAUGCCUUUAAAUUAAUGUAUUUUUAAUUUAAUAGACGCAUGAUAAGAAUUUUGCACGUAUUGUAUUAAAUGACUACAUUAAUAAAUGCCUUUUUAGAUAUUUUUUUUAUUUUUUCUAGCAACCAAACUAUUAUGACUUGGUAAUUAAUAAAUUAUUAUU